CAGAAAUCUUCUUACUACUCAGGACAAGAAUUACAAUACAUAUAUUUCAUUCAUUCACUGUGCCUCUUAGGAAGAUUGUUAAUCUAUACACAAGGUAGAAAGCUAUUUCCUGUGAAGCUGAAGAAUAGAAAAGAUUCAGUAUCCCUUACAGAUCUGCUUGUUUUGUUUACCCAACUUAUUUAUUACUCGCCAAGUUGUCCAAAGAUGACAUCAGACAGUUAUUCUCCUGCAAGUAUGGUGACUGAAGUUCUAUGGAUCCUGUGUGAUCAAAAAGAAUGUGCGAUUGAAUGCUUAUAUAACAGCACUGUGAUUGAGGCACUUCUUCAUCCUAUCCAUAAUUUAAUGAAAGGAAUUAAGGUUGCUCCAAAUUGCUCUGAAACAGCUUUAAUUCAUAUAGCUGAUAUUUUGGCAAGAAUUGCAUCUGUAGAAGAAGGACUUACCUUACUUCUUUAUGGAGAAAAUAUGAGUUCUUCUGAUGAAAAAAGUCCUACAGGUGCCCAUGUUAUUGCGCAGUUUUCAAAAAAACUUCUUGAUGAAGAUACUGCUAUUUUUCCUGGAUCAGAAAUGUUGCCUCUGGUUAAAGGAGCUUUUAUUUCUGUAUGUCGUCAAAUAUAUGGUACAUGUGAAGGCUUGCAGGUGUUAAUUCCUUAUAGUUUGCAUGAAUCAAUAGCAAAAGCAUGGAAAAAGACAAGUUUGCUGUCAGAAAGAAUUCCUACUCCAGUACAGGGCACAGAUUCUGUUUCUUCAAUAAGCCAGGAAUCCCAAAACAUUAUGGCCUGGGAAGAGAAUUUGUUAGAUGAUUUACUAAAUUUUGCUGCCACCCCCAAAGGACUACUACUUCUUCAAAGAACAGGUGCCAUCAAUGAAUGUGUGACAUUUAUGUUCAACCGAUACGCAAAAAAAUUACAGAUCAGCAGGCAUAAAAAAUUUGGCUAUGGUGUUUUAGUUACACAAGUAGCAUCAACAGCAGCAGGUGCAAAAGCAUUAAAAAAUUCAGGGUUUAUUAAUGCACUUAUAAGUGAAUUAUGGGCUAAUCUGGAAUGUGGGAGAGAUGAUGUUAGAGUAACCCAUCCUAGAUCUACUCCAGUAGAUCCAAUUGAUCGAAGCUGUCAAAAGUCUUUUCUAGCAUUGGUGAACUUGUUAUCUUAUCCUGCUGUUUAUGAGCUAGUAUGCAAUCAAGAUCUUCCUAAUAAAGUAGAAUAUUCUCUUCGUGAAGUUCCAACAUGUGUUAUUGAUAUUAUUGACAGACUUAUAAUUUUGAAUUCUGAAGCUAAGAUUCAUUCUUUAUUCAACUAUGAACAGUCACACAUCUUUGGUUUAAGGUUAUUAAGUGUGAUAUGCUGUGAUCUAGACACUCUUCUCCUGUUAGAGGCUCAGUAUCAUGUAUCUGAAAUGUUACUGAAUGCUCAAGAAGAAAAUAUCUUAGAGACCUCUGAAAGCCACAGGAAUUUUAUAAUUGAUGGCAUAUCAGUAGAGAGAAAUCACGUACUUGUUAGAAUAAAUCUUAUUGGUGGGCCCAUGGAGCGAAUUUUACCUCCAAAGAUGCUACAGAAGAGUGAUGACCCAUACCCUUGGCCUAUGUUUUCAUCAUAUCCUUUACCAAGCUGCUAUCUGUCAGAAAUCACAAGAAAUGCUGAUCUAAAAAUAGACAGUGAUCUUGGCAAACUUUUACUGCACUUCAAAGUCUCUGACAAGCAAACUGAGUGGAUAGAAAACUGUCGAAGACAAUUUUGCAAAAUGAUGAAGGCCAAACCUGACGUAAUCAGUGGAAGUGUUUUAGUAGAAUUACUUGAAAAAUUUGUGUUUCAUCUCUCUGAAAGCCCAUCUGAAUGCUACUUUCCUUUGGUGGAAUACACAGCUACAGAUGCAAAUGUGAAGAAUGAAAAUCUUUCAUCUGUGCAACAGCUUGGCAUUAAAAUGACUGUCAGUUAUGGCAAGUUCCUCAACCUAUUAAAAGAUGAUGCAGAAAAUGACCUUACCUUGGUUUUAAAACACUGUGGGAGAUUCCUGAAACAGCAACAAACUCCUGUAAAAUCUUCUCUUCUCAGCUUGCAGGGAAACUACGCUGGCCAUGACUGGUUUGUAUCCACUUUGUUCUUGAUAAUGCUGGGCGACAGAGAGAAAGCAUUCCGAUUUCUUCAGCAGUUUUCGAGACUUCUGAUCUCUGCUUUCCUUUGGAAACCGAGACUACAUAUUUCUAGAUACCUACCUAUUGACACUAUAGAAUCUGGUAUCCACCCAAUAUACUUUUGCAGUACUCACUAUAUUGAAAUGCUACUGAAGGCUGAGGUGCCGCUUGUAUUUUCAGCUUUUCAUAUGUCUGGUUAUACACCAUCACAGAUCUGUCUGCAAUGGAUAACUCAGUGUUUUUGGAAUUAUUUAGAUUGGAUAGAAAUUUGCCAUUAUAUUGCUACUUGUGUUUUCCUUGGUCCUGAUUAUCAAGUGUAUAUCUGUAUAGCUAUAUUCAAACAUCUACAAAAAGACAUUCUACAGCAUACUCAGACUCAAGAUCUUCAGGUUUUCCUAAAAGAAGAAGCAGUGCAUGGAUUUCGAGUGAGUGAUUAUUUUGAAUACAUGGAAAUUUUGGAGCAAAACUACCGACCAGUGCUAUUAAGAGAUAUGAGGAAUAUUAGAGUGCAAAGCUCAUAGGUCCUGGAAAGCACAGCUUGACUUUAAAAGGAAAUAAAGACCUUGAUUGUCCACACAAAAAGGAUGCAUCCAUAGCAGCACAUUUUGUGACUGCACAUAUUGUAAAUCAAUACUGAGACCAACUAUCUAAUUAUAUUUUUGGCAUUAUCUAUAUAUAAUAUAUACAAAUAGGCAUUAGCUCAAUUUUUCAGAUUUGUUGUUUUGUAAAGUUGUUUUAAAAUCAGAUUUAACUAAUGAUUCCUUAUAUUUAAGAACUUCUCAACCAACAUUUCCUUGACCAGAUGAUUAAAAUAUUUUUUCCAAUAGGUUUGGGAAGAAAUAUCAGUACUGUACAUAAUCAUUUGAAUGGACAGAGUGUCAUGGGAACAAGGCUAAGAUAGUUGUUUUCUUCACUUUUGGUGACUGUAUAUAGAGAGGAAAAUAGAGAAAACCAUAACUACUUAUGUUACAUCCUGAGAUGUGAUUGUUUUUGUAAGAAUUCAUUUUGAUAUUAUCAAUUUAUAUUUUUUUCAUUUGAAAUGUGGUUGUUGCAUGGUUCAUUUAGAAGACAGCUUGGUUAUUUCAUACUGAUAAUCAUUUGACCCUCAGUUGUUACACAUUUUCCUUAGUGAUGGAUUUGAUUUAUUCUGAACUUGAAAAUGUUAAGGAAACUAGCUUGCUUAAUUAUUGUAAAUAACAAUAUUGUUUUCAUUUUAUUUAAAUAGAAGUUUGCUUAAUAAGAUUAAUGUAAUAUGGAAGGGUCUAUUUUCUUAUAACUGUCACAUUUAAUAUAUAAAAGGUAAUACAAAAGUAAAUGAUUUUUCAAUCAGCACUUUCAGCAUAUUUUUAAAAUUUUGGGUAGAGGUCAUUUUGUAUUGCUCAUAUUUAGUAUACAUCAACCCCUAAAAGGCCAUUCUGAAUUUUUUUUCCCAGCCAAAAAUGGCUCAUCUACAAAAUUGUUUUAACUUUUAGUAUAAUAAAACAACUUGCACCAUAUUGUUUACAGUUUUGUGAUAUUUAGGCUAUUGCAACUUAAAUUUCAAAAGUCAGAUUUUGUGCUGUAAAUACCAAUAAUAACUCGUCAGUAAUGGUGUUCAAAAGGGCACCAUUGAGAAAAGAAAUAAGAGCAAGUUAAUUUGACUUAUCAUUCACUUUAGCUUUGAUAUGAGUUAAGUACGACUUUUAGGACCCACAACACAAAUCUUUGCCUACUUUCAAACUUAAUUUUGAAAAGCUUUUCCACAGAAGCUAUAAUAUAUGUUUAUGUAUAAUAUAUGUUCUAUUUCUUCAUUUAGGUAGAAAAAAAAACAACACUGUUCUUGGGUUAUUGCUUUUGUUCCUAAAAACUGAAAACCUUUCAUUUAGACACUUUCCUACUAAUUGGAAAUACAAAUGGAGAAGGAACUAUAAUAAUUUCAUAAUAUUUGCUGGUGGUUUUGAUUGGUGACUGAAGUAAGAUCUAGAAAAUAACAGUGACAUUUUGUAAAAUGGCAUCUAGUGGAGCCAGAAGUCUUUUG